UGCAAGGUGUGCCUUUUGCAAAGCUCCUGCCAGCGCCACCCUGCCUCAAAAUGACACUCUUCGAUGGAGUCUACCCCUUCUACCCGCAGCCAAGGAAGCCCUUCGUGUUUGACAUCAACACCAUCAUUGUCAUUGUGGUCUUCCUGGUGAUUGCCUUCAGCUUCCUACUCAUUUUGCCUGGCAUUCGUGGCAGAGCGAGGCUCUACUGGCUUUUCCGGGUCAUCAUUAGCCUUUUUAUUGGAGGAGUGAUUGUUGCUGUUCACUUCACCUCUGACUGGGAGAGGGGCAAGGUGAAGGCCAACACUACCUACAAGUCCUUCAGUCCUGCCCUGGUGGAUGUAGAUAUUGGGCUCCACAUUGGCUUGAAGGGAGUCAACAUCACACUGGUUGGAAACCCUGUGGAUCAACUCAACGAAACCAUCAACUACAACGAGUAUUUCCCCUGGUGGUUUGGGGCCAACUAUGACUACGAAUACAAUGAGGGCUUGCAUCGGGGCUUGCCGAAUCCUAUCCUCUAUGUGGCAGAGAAGUUCAGUGGAAACAGCCCCUGUGGCUUGCAUAAUCUCUACAGGAUUGCUGGGCAUUAUGCAUCUGCUACUUUAUGGGUUGCAUUCUGUGCUUGGCUCGUCUCCAACAUGCUUUUCUCAAUGCCGGUUCCAGUGUAUGGUGGCUACAUGAUCCUCGUCACAGGGGCCUUUCUGAUCUUUGCACUGCUCUCCUUCUCCACAGUGAGGAACUCUCCAACAUGCAUCAUCCAAUUUGGCCAUGCUUCUCUGCAGGCUGCCUACGGAGCAUCUUUCUGGCUAACGCUUGUCACAGGGCUGCUCUGUUUCCUGAUCGGAGCAGUGGUGAUCGCAAUGAACUAUGCCUGCCCGAACCUCCUGAAAGCUUUCUUUGACCUGGAUGAUGAUGAGGAAGAAGACAAAGCUGUGCUAGGAGAGGUCUUCGUCAAUCCUCACUUCCCUCAACUUCAGAACAUCUCUUCACAGCCCAAUUUUAGACUGACUGUCAAGAACAGUUAGAGCACAAACCUGGCCUGGGACUCUUUUGAAUAGUGACUGCAGUCUGUCCUGGCCAAGCCAGAGAAUGGCAUGACACCCCAAAUUGGACUUUUCUUGCCACUGUAACCUUAGGUAGCUGAGGUCCAAGCCUCAUUAUUUGUGCUGAGUCUGGAAAACAAUCAUAAGACACUUCUCUGGGUGUUGUAAUGCCGCCAACUGUGGGAAGAAAACCAGAGGGAUAGCUAACAUUGAACUGAGAAGGCAUUGCCCCUGGGCUUCCAGCCACAAGAGGCUUCUGCAGCUCUGCAAGACAAGAUGGCAGCAUAGGAGCUCAGUGAGCCUGCCUAUAUGUCUUCCCCCUGGAUCCCUAUGAAGGAAGAGGCCAUGGGCUGGAAUACUGAUGGCUUACACAUGUGUAAGUUCUUCUGUGGAAGCAGUUGGACACUUCUUACUGAUGCAGAAUGGCUAUUUCAGCUCAAGGUUGAAGAAGCAGA